GGCGCUGAGACGCAGCGCAGAAGCAGGUGGUCUUUGCUCACCGCUCCUUGCCACACCGGGAGGAUGAGGCUCUCCGUGGGCGCCCUGCUGGCCUGCGCCGUCCUGGGGCUAUGUCUGGCUGUCCCCGAGAAAACUGUAAGAUGGUGCGCUGUGUCAGAUCAUGAGGCCAACAAAUGUGUGGCUUUCCGUGACAACAUGAAGAAAAUCCUUCCAGCCGAUGGUCUCCGCAUGGCUUGUGUGAAGAAGACGUCCUACGUGGAUUGUAUCAAAGCCAUCGCGGCAAAUGAAGCAGAUGCUGUGACCCUAGAUGCGGGUUUGGUGUACGAGGCAGGCCUGACUCCCAACAACCUGAAGCCUGUGGCAGCAGAAUUCUACGGGACACCAGAGAAUCCACAAACCUUCUAUUAUGCUGUUGCCGUGGUGAAGAAGGGCAGUGGCUUCCAGCUGAACCAGCUCCGAGGCAAGAAGUCCUGCCACACAGGCCUGGGCAGGUCUGCUGGGUGGAACAUCCCCAUAGGCUUGCUUUACUGUAACUUACCUGAGCCCCGGAAGCCUCUUGAGAAAGCAGUGGCCAGUUUCUUCUCGGGCAGCUGCGUCCCGUGUGCAGAUGGAGUCGCCUUCCCUCAACUGUGCCAGCUGUGUCCAGGGUGUGGCUGCUCCACUGCUCAACCAUACUUCGGCUACUCAGGCGCCUUCAAGUGUCUGAAAGACGAUGCUGGGGAGGUGGCCUUUGUCAAACACUUGACCAUAUUUGAGAACCUGGAACAGAAGGCUGACAGGGACCAGUAUGAGCUGCUUUGCCCAGACAACACCCGGAAGCCUGUGGAUGAAUAUGAGAAUUGCCACUUGGCCCGGGUUCCUUCUCAUGCUGUCGUGGCUCGAACCGUGGAUGGCAAGGAAGAUCUGAUCUGGGAGCUUCUCAACCAGGCUCAGGAACAUUUCGGCAAAGGCAAAUCUGGCGACUUCCAGCUGUUCAGCUCUCCUCAUGGGAAGAACCUGCUGUUUAAGGACUCUGCCCUGGGAUUCCUUAGGGUGCCCCCUAAGAUGGACUUUAGACUGUACUUGGGCUAUGAGUAUGUUACUGCCGUCCGGAAUCUACGGGAAGGCAUAUGCCCAGAAAGCCCAGUGGAUGAAUGCAAGACCGUGAAGUGGUGUGCACUUAGCCAUCACGAGAGGCUCAAGUGCGAUGAGUGGAGCAUCAACAGUGGAGGGAAAAUAGUGUGUGAAUCGGCAGAGACCACUGAGGAUUGCAUUACCAAGAUCAUGAAUGGAGAAGCAGAUGCCAUGAGCUUGGAUGGAGGCUAUAUCUACAUUGCAGGCCAGUGUGGUCUGAUGCCUGUCAUGGCGGAGAACUAUAAAAGUGCCAAUUGUAAAUUACAGGAGGAAGGAUAUUAUGCUGUGGCAGUGGUAAAGAAAUCAGAUGCUGAUAUCACCUGGAACUCUUUGAAGGGCAAGAAGUCCUGCCACACAGCAGUAGACAGGACAGCUGGCUGGAACAUUCCCAUGGGCCUGCUCUAUAGCCGAAUCAACCACUGCAGAUUUGAUGAAUUUUUCAGUCAAGGCUGUGCCCCUGGGUAUGAGAAAAAUUCCAGUCUCUGUGAGUUGUGCAUUGGCCCAAGUGUUUGUGCUUCCAACAGCAAGGAGGCAUAUUAUGGCUACACAGGGGCUUUCAGGUGUCUGGUUGAGAAGGGAGAUGUGGCCUUUGUGAAAGACCAGACUGUUAAGCAAAAUACUGAUGGAGCGAACCCUGAGGAGUGGGCUAAGAAUCUGAAGGAGAAAGACUUUGAGUUGCUGUGCCCUGAUGGUACCAGGAAGCCUGUGUCUGAAGCUAUGAACUGCCACCUGGCCCGAGCCCCGAAUCAUGCUGUAGUCUCACGGAAAGAUAAGGCAGCAUGUGUCCRCGGGGUGUUAAGUGAACAAGUGGAUAAGUAUGGAAGUCAUGUAUCGGACUGCUCGAAAAAGUUCUGUUUGUUUUCAUCGGAAACCAAGGACCUCCUGUUCAGGGAUGACACAAAAUGUUUGGUCAAACUUCCAGAUGAUACCACAUAUGAAAAGUACUUAGGGGCUGAGUAUGUCACAGCUGUUGGAAACCUGAGAAAAUGCUCCACCUCACGUGAGUCCGAAAGCGGGAACUACCACUCCCGUGAAGCUCUGCUGCUCGCGCCUGCGCAGAGCAUAGGGCCACGUCGCUUUUGCRGCACCGGAGCACGCGCCUCAUCCAUGGCUUCCGCGGAUUCCCGGCGGAUGGGAGACACCGGCGGUGCCGGGGGCACCUUCCAGCCCUACCUAGACUCCUUGAGGCAGGAGCUGCAGCAGAGGGACCCAACGUUGUUGUCAGUACUGGUGUCGCUCCUCGUAGUUCUGCUGACGCUGGUGCUCUGGAAGUUUAUCUGGAGCAGAAAGAGCAGUCAGAGAGCUGUUCUCCUUGUUGGUCUUUGUGAUUCCGGGAAAACAUUGCUGUUUGUCAGGUUGUUAACAGGCCAUUACAGAGACACUCAGACUUCCAUUACUGACAGCUCUGCUGUAUACAGAGUCAACAAUAACAGGGGCAACAGCUUGACCUUGAUUGACCUCCCUGGACAUGAGAGCUUAAGGCUUCAGUUCUUGGAGCGGUUUAAGUCUUCAGCCAGGGCUGUUGUGUUUGUUGUGGACAGCGCAGCAUUCCAGCGAGAGGUGAAGGAUGUGGCCGAGUUUCUGUAUCAAGUCCUCAUUGAUAGUAUGAGUCUGAAGAACACGCCAUCAUUCUUGAUAGCCUGCAACAAGCAAGAUAUUGCAAUGGCAAAAUCAGCAAAAUUAAUUCAGCAACAGCUUGAGAAAGAACUCAACACCUUACGAGUUACGCGUUCUGCUGCCCCCAGCACACUGGAUAAUUCCAGCACCGUCCCUGUUCAGCUGGGAAAGAAAGGCAAAGAGUUUGAAUUCUCACAGUUGCCCCUCAAAGUGGAGUUCCUUGAGUGCAGUGCCAAGGGCGGAAGAGGAGACACUGGCUCUGCUGACAUCCAGGACUUGGAGAAAUGGCUGGCAAAAAUCGCCUGAGCGUAUAUCUGAAGCACAGCCAUGGUUGUCUGCGGGUGACUGGCAGUUUUGGAGAAAGGGUAGUCUGGCGUUGAUAAAGAAGGGGCACAAGAUGUGGUUAGAAAAAUUUCUUUAUUUUGGAAACAAAUUAUUGUUGGCACCAGCUUAGAUUUUUUUGUUUAAAUUUAGUUCUCCCGUAUUUCUCCCGUUCAAAGGAGUCACCUCUGUUUGGCUCAUCUUCCUUCUGUUAAGGUGUGUGUAACUUCCCUUUAGUGUGUUCUUGAUUUAGGAUUGAGGUCUAUGUGACAUCACAGUUCACAUAGAGAGGACAUUAUCAUGAGACUCUGAUUAUCUGAAAACUCUUAUCCUCUGCCUCUAUGCUUUGGUUCCUUUUUGUUGGAAACAGACCUGCCUAUGUAUGAAACUAGCUGAUUUCCAGUCACUUCUGACAUUCAUGGACUGCRCACUGUCUAGUCCUCUGUGAGUUCCCAGCUUUGCAGAUGCAGUUGUGGUCGUUGCCCCACAUGAAGACUGCAAGGCUGAGUGGGCAGUGGGUAUGUUCUCUGUCAGCUCAGUGACUUGUCAUGCUCCACAGCAUUUUGGUUUUAAAAUCUCAUCAGUUUUUCCCAGAGGAUGGAGUCAUAGAUGCCAAAUCUCUAAAUGCCAAGGGUCUCACGUGUUCUAGUGGUCAUACUAGAGAUUACAGGAAGACUUAAACACUGCUCUGCUUUCUCGAUGGCCGAGGGUUCCUGGGCUUUGUUCAUGUGCUGCUCAGGUUAUUCCUGUUUUGUACUCUUAGCUAGAAUGCUGUGGAACAAAUACAAGUGAAAAGUUUUCUGUAGAUUUUUGAAGUGCAUAUUCGUUCAUGCUUUAAAAAAAGAU